CCCAAACCCAAAGCUUCUCCCUCCUUAAUUUUGCUGCACUCUGAGACUCUCAGUAUACAUACAUACAUGGUCGUUCAAAUUCCAGUUUGGACAGAAAAUAUUUUGCUAAUGGCGGCAGCUAUACGAAGUGUGUUGAAUAGAACAAAACCAUGGGAUCAGGGUAAUAAGCUCGUAAAAUGGAAGUUAUCAGUUCUGGGUGUAGUCGGCUGCAUUCAUAACUCGCCCAAUGUUGUUGGGUUGAAGGAUCUCACAGUUUUACCCUUUCCGGCAUGCCGCCGCCGGAGCCGGUGCUACGGUUCGCAACCAACCCCCCUAUCUCGGGUCAACAUUGGUCCGGAUUUCAAUUAUGGGUUCACUCCUGUUUCCUGCGCCGCCGACGACAAAGGGGUCUUAUCUGCGACUCAUUAUGCCGUGGCCGCCUAUCCAUAUCUUAGGGAUAAUAAAUAUGCUAAGCCGCCGCCUAUUCGUGUCGUGAGAGUGGUGAAUGCCAGCGUGAUUCGGAGUGGUUGGUCAAUCUAUAACUUGACGUUGGAGGGGAUUCCUGAGAAUGGGGACCUAAAUAUAUAUCGUGCGUUGGUUGUGCACGACCCCGUCCAGAAGAAGAAGAUAUUGAUCGACUUUCAGCUGCUCAAUGACUGCCCUUCUAGACGGCUGGACUCUCUGGAGAACGCUCAGGCUCCUUCUGCUGUUACAAGUGAUGUGAUUGUCCCUGUUGACAUUGAGAAUAAUGAGCAGAUUUACGAGUAUGCUCUAUCUGCAGCUCAGUUACACACUAGAGACCAGGAAAACAAAAGUUGUCUCGAGAAGGUGUUGUCGGCGAGCAAAUUAGAGGUCUGUAGUGUUGCCUGUUACCUUUUAAUAUUAAGGGCAAAGGAUUAUAAUGGGGAUUGCAGUACCUUAUGUGCCAUAACCAAAUUGGUGUGGGUCAAGCAAGAGAAGAAGCAUUUCAUUAAGGCAUACGUUUCUAAACCUCUGGAAGAGUACCAGGUUGGAUUGGGUGCUUAAUUGUGGUGUUCCAAGUGAGCAGUCAAGCGGUCAACUAGUUACAAGUAAAAUGGUAGACUAGCAUUUUAGCAAGAAGUCUCACAGACGGCGCGGAGGAAGUUAGCCUUUUCUCUCUCGUGUAAACGGUGAAGCAAGGAUCAUUGUAAUAUUAAUAUGUGUAUUGAAGAUCUUUUUAUUCAACCUGUGUUGUUUUUGUUAUGCAUGAGUCUAGUAUGAUACUGAAUAUAUCAAAAAGUUAAUACCGCCUUUUAACAGAAUUCUAACUUGUAAAAGUGUACGAUCUUCAAUGAAAUUUACUUCUGUUCCACAGAAC